GAAGGUGCAUGUCUCGGCUCCUGGGAAGUCGGGGUGCCUGGUUGCUAGGAGGGCAGAGGUUGGAGGACCUGAGCGUCUGCCGGAGGGGUUCAGGGUCUGCCCGCGGCGAGGGUCCCCUGAGGGGCGUUGGCAUCAGAGGCCGCACAGAGGGAGCUGGGAGGGGGCCAGGCAGCCUAGGGGGCCAGCUUGCGGGUCAUUCCCGAAGUCCAGCGGCCGAAGCUGCGGGACCAGCCAAUGGGGGGGCGGAGGCUGGGCGGCGCGCGGCGCUGAUUGGCUGGCGCCGGCUUCAUAGGCGUGCGCGGCCCCCGCUUCAUGUCUGUGCAGGAGUCGGCAGCUGGCGCCAGGGCGGCCGGAGGAUGCAGAGGGGCCGGAGUCGGGCGGGCCGGAGGCCGAGACGCGCGUUGUCCCCCACCCCUAUCCCGUGAAUCCGCCGGCCUUGGGACGCGCUGUCGCUAGGCCCGCCGUACCCGGGCUCUCCUAGUGUCCCUUACUCUCUACUGCUGAGCCCUCCCCUUCCCACGCCGCUGCGAGUAGCCGCCCUACCUUCUCCUGGAUCCCAAGCCGCAGUAGUGGACCAUGGAGGUGGCGCCUGAGCAGCCUCGCUGGAUGGCGCACCCCGCCGUAUUGAAUGCGCAGCACCCCGACUCGCACCAUCCGGGCCUGGCGCACAACUACAUGGAGCCGGCACAGCUGCUGCCUCCUGACGAGGUGGAUGUCUUCUUCAACCAUCUCGACUCGCAGGGCAACCCUUACUACGCCAAUCCGGCUCACGCGCGCGCGCGCGUUUCCUACAGCCCAGCGCAUGCCCGUCUCACCGGAGGCCAGAUGUGCCGACCACACUUGUUGCACAGCCCAGGUUUGCCGUGGCUGGACGGGGGCAAAGCAGCUCUCUCUGCCGCCGCUGCCCAUCACCACAGCCCCUGGACCGUCAGCCCGUUCUCCAAGACCCCGCUGCACCCCUCAGCUGCUGGAGCACCCGGAGGGCCUCUGUCUGUGUACCCAGGGGCUGCGGGUGGGAGCGGGGGAGGCAGUGGGAGCUCCGUGGCCUCCCUCACCCCCACCGCAGCCCACUCAGGCUCCCAUCUCUUCGGCUUCCCACCCACGCCACCCAAAGAAGUGUCUCCAGACCCCAGCACGACAGGAGCUGCUUCCCCAGCCUCAUCUUCUGCAGGGGGUAGUGUAGCCCGGGGUGAGGACAAGGAUGGCGUCAAGUACCAAGUGUCACUGUCUGAGAGCAUGAAGAUGGAAGGUGGCAGUCCCCUGCGCCCGGGCCUAGCUACCAUGGGUACCCAGCCUGCAACACACCACCCAAUACCCACCUAUCCCUCCUAUGUGCCUGCCUCAGCUCAUGACUAUGGCAGCGGCCUCUUCCACCCGGGAGGCUUCCUGGGUGGCCCAGCCUCCAGCUUCACCCCUAAGCAGCGAAGCAAGGCUCGCUCCUGCUCAGAAGGCCGGGAGUGUGUCAACUGUGGGGCCACAGCCACCCCUCUCUGGCGACGGGAUGGCACGGGCCACUACCUGUGUAACGCCUGUGGGCUCUACCACAAGAUGAACGGACAGAACCGGCCACUCAUCAAGCCCAAGCGGAGGCUGUCUGCUGCCAGGAGAGCGGGCACCUGUUGUGCAAAUUGUCAGACAACAACCACCACCUUAUGGCGCCGGAACGCCAACGGGGACCCUGUGUGCAACGCCUGUGGACUCUACUACAAGCUGCACAAUGUUAACAGGCCACUGACCAUGAAGAAGGAAGGGAUCCAGACCCGGAACCGGAAGAUGUCCAGCAAGUCCAAGAAGAGCAAGAAAGGAGCCGAAUGUUUUGAGGAGCUAUCCAAGUGCAUGCAGGAGAAAUCAUCGCCCUUCAGUGCGGCUGCCCUGGCUGGACACAUGGCACCCGUGGGCCACCUCCCACCCUUUAGUCACUCUGGACACAUCUUACCCACGCCCACGCCUAUCCACCCCUCCUCCAGUCUCUCCUUUGGCCACCCCCACCCGUCCAGCAUGGUGACUGCCAUGGGCUAGACACAGCCUCCCGCUGGACAGACAUGGACAUCAAGGGUGGUUGGCAGAACCAGAGCGAGGCUGGGCACUCCCAGGAUGGGUGGAACUGUACUCUUGGCUCCCGCCCAUCCCAAGAGACCCACUUCCUCCUGCUAGCCUAGCCUGGCCGAAGCCACCUCUCCUUGGAGGACUCCCAGCCUUGUGCCGCCAUUACUGUGAAUAUUUCUAACUGGGCUGCAGCUCGUGUGCCCUGGGUGCUGCCCAGAAAAGUGUUUUCACGAGUGUGUUUGUUUGGAGAGCAAAAUGGACAGGUUUACAGAUUUAUAGCAAGAAGAGGAGAUGGGGGAUAGAAAAAUGAAAUCUUUUUUUUCCUUUCUUUUUCUUCUUCUGUUUUAUUUUUUGAAGGAGAAAGAAGUAGGCAAAAAAAUAAUUUAUUUUGCUCUUAUUUCUUAACAAGAACGUGAAGACAUGGAGGCAUGGGCUAUUUAUGUUCUCUGGGUCCUUCUUGGGACCUAUUGCCAUCAGUCAGGGCUCUUGGGGGCAUACUUACAGGUCCUCAGCCUGAGCCUCCUUCUCCCCAGCCGGCCUGCAGGGUAGCCCCUGCCCUGACGCAGCCCUAAAGGGCAGAGACAAUUGCAGGCGGUCCCAGAUUCCCAGGCCAGGGCUGGGUCACAGGAAGGAAACAUUCUCUGGAAAGGGGAACCGUCUCCCAGAUCAUUCCCCUGGCUUCCAGAGGCCAAAGCUGGUGUGACCCAAAUGGGCCUAGCGGCAGCCUGCGCUGCUGCAGGCCAGUUGGACCCCUGUAAAUACAACCUCCUUUUCUGCUAACCCCUCCAUCCCCUCCCCCUCUAAGAUAAAUAAGAAAAUACUCAAAGCAAAAACCAAACUGCAUAAGCUUAACCCGCUGAUGAGUGGUUUUAUUUUGAAACUCGUUUUUUUUUUUUUUUUUUGGGUCCAGUCGAUUGUACGUUGCCACAGAAGCCCCACUAAGAAAAAAAUAAAACCUGCAAACCAGGGCUGAGCUUCACAGUUCUUUGAAUGGUUCUUGGGUCCCACAGCCCUAGCAGGGGGCUGGGGACAAGGGGGAAUCUUAUGCUCUUGGUUUCUGGGAGCCAGGGGGCAGGCAGGCAGUGGCCCUGGGAUCUCAGGCUUCUGUUCUGCUGUGGCUGGCUGGAUCCUUCAAGGUACAGCUGUACAUAAAAUGUGUCCCAAGCUUUGAUUCUGUGUGCGGUGGUGGCAGUGGUGCAGCAGCCAGCAAGGGGGCCCCGAGCCCAGGGAGACGAUUGUGCUGACGAGUCAACCAAGUGCAAUAUCGGUGUCCAAUUGCUGCAGAGCACCCUAACCGGAAGUAACUUAUUAUGUGCUAGUACCCGCAUAAGAGAAGAAUCGGCAGUAUUUUCUGUUUUUAUGUUUUUGGGCUUGUUUUAUUUUGAAUUAGUGACCUAAGUUAUUGUUAACUGUGUACAACAUUUAAAUAUUGUCUGUAAAAAUUGUAUGCUACCCUCUUAUUCCUUUAAAGUGAAUACUGUUAAAAAUAAUAAAAUACUUUUUGUGAA